CGAAGGAGCGUUCCGCCUCCCGCUGCUCCGCCCGCGCUGCUGCCGGGUUCCUGUUCGCGGCCGGUCGUGUUUGGGGGUAACACACAGCUCGGGGCACGGGACGCAACCAACUCGGAAGAAAGCGCUGUUGCCGUGAAAGGCAGACUGUGCUACUGCCCCGCAUUGGGGCAGCCGGCCUUCGUUUAACCGGGUGGCAAGCACAGCUGUGCUCACUGUGAGAAACCAAGUCACUUUGAUUCUGAGAAAUGGAGAACAACAUUUAUCAAGUUUAUGAAGAUGAAAUUCAGCUGCUGGAAGAAGAGAUUAAACUGUUGGCUGAGAAGUAUGAUGAUGUAAAACAGGAAUCCACCUUUCAUUCUGAUGAAGAGAUACUAACGUCAAUAAAAUUAUUCAAAAGAGAAUUUCAGGGAGAAUCUAAGGGACAAGAAUGUCCGUCAGACCUGAAAGCUCAACUUGAAAGCCUAGAGAAAGAGAUCUCAUUUUUAACGAAGUUUACUGGCAUUCAGUUCACAAGUCAUUCCAAGAAAACAGUGGAAAAAAAUGGAAACAGAACAGUGCAGAAGCACAGAUUAUCAGGGAAUUGCCAUUCCCUGCCUUUUCGAUUAGAAUUUCAGCUUCUUGAAACACAGAACAAAGAGAAUGUGUCUGCUGUUAUUACUGAUCUCAGCAUUAUAAUGGAACCUGGAGAAUAUUCAGACUUAAGCAAGUUUGUGUCCAGAAUUGAAGAACAUGGAAAUCUGCUGCUGUUUUUCAGAAGCCUUUCAUCUUAUGCUGAGUGGUAUGAACAUCGUAGAUGCACAUUCUUACAUUUCAAGGCCAAACACCCUGACAUUGUAGCCCUUCCGGAAGGACAGGGGGGAGAUUACCUAAUUCUGAGGAAUCCGAAACUUUCAGGGUUUGAAUUAAUGAUUGUCUGGAAGAUACAUAUAGAUGAAGAAGGGAGAACUACCCCUGUCCUGGACCUUCUGACUAAAGUACCAGAGCAAGUCUUGACACAGAAAAUGGCACCUAUAGAAAAUGCACCUACCUGCUUCCGAAGCAUGCUGCUGCUGUUCGGAAUUGAGACAACUAUCGAGAAUCUGAUCAAAGUGACUGGCUUGGCAAAAUGAAUUCCAGCAUUACUUACAAGAGGUAGCAAUUUCAAAAGUCAUUUUAAUUAAGAUAUUGUGUUAUGCAGUCUAUAAUUUUAUUGAAUAUAAACAUUAAGUUAUUUUCCAUUUAGAAACCAUACUCAUAAAACAUGCUAUCUGUACAAUUAUGGCACGUUAUAUAUAAAUUGUCAUGACAUGAAAAUAAAUACAGCCAUUUAAAUACAAAAAUGCCAAAUAAAAUAGUUACAUGUACAGAGUGAUUUCAUUAUAAA